AUGGCUGCCGCAGGGAUCAAAGUCCGGGAAGAAAGUAUCCACGGUGUCCGCCGCCACGCUGCAUCGGCUGGUGAAGUAUUUGCAGACGUCGCUGCCGAAUCAGAUCAGGAUCGUUUCUGCGGACUCGACUUUACCAUCUUGCAGUUUGCGGCGGACCGUGCUGCACAACUUGCUUACCCCUCAGAUUUGCAGGCUGAUCAUCCCAUGGUUCAGGCAAUGUUGGAUCGUGAAGAGUAUAUCGAGCAAGCCUAUUUCUUUCGGGUCUAUCGCGAGCGGCUGGAGAAUAGUACGCCUUCUCAGGAGAUUCUAUCCGGUCUGAAGGAGGAAGUGCUGGCGACAACCAAACUGCCAAUAGCCAUUGAUUUUCUCAUUGGCGAAAUUCAACUGAACGGACGAAUCGGCAGCGGAAUGGAGCGACUGCCGCAUUAUUUCCGUCCGUUUCAAUCCUUCAUCAUUCAGAAGGCCGAAGAGGACGACACGCGUUUCGAUUUUCGUAUUGCUCUACAGAUCCUGCAGCAUGAAGCGGAAUUCCGUUCGUCAGAAAAGGUGGAUAGCGCAGCUCUGUUUGUCUACCAGUUUGAAUGCCUGGCCAGAAACCGGCUUGGCUACGACCACGGCAUCACCGCCAUCGCCAGCGAUCCGAUCUAUUCCUCUGAUUGGAGAGAGUGGAUCAGUAAAAUUCGCUUCGAAUUGGGGACCGUUGAUUUCUCGGACUUACUGUACCGCCGUUCUCAACAGCAUCUGGACGACCUGCGUAAACGCCGACACGACCCGGAGUUCCAGCUGACUUAUCCACUCUUGUUUGAGGGUCAUGCGGGUAGGAUUGCCAGAGCAAACAUUGGCAAAGACCCACUUUAUCUGUUUGCUGCAUUGCAAAGACAACUCGGCUAUCCAGUCGUCCCCCGCCCCGAACGUGAGGAAAAACAAGGACUUCCUCCUGGGAUCGAAGCCAGAAUUCAACGACUCGAAGCCCGCAUCGCACUUCUGGAGCAGGAAGGUGAAGACGGAAUGUCUUCCACAGCUGAUCUCACAUUAGAUGAAUUACAGGACGAAUUUGAGUUCCUCGGAGACUGGGAAGCUCGUUGCGACUAUUUGAUCGACCUCGGAUUUGAACUCCCCAAGCUUCCCGAAGAUGCGAAAGUCGAACAAAAUCGGGUUCAUGGGUGUCAGAGUAAUGUCUGGCUCAUCGCUUCGCUCAAUGAAGAAGAGCAACCUCCCAAGGUCGAGAUCAUUGCCAACAGCGAUGCGAUGAUCGUGAAUGGUCUCAUCGUCGUACUCAUGGCGGUUUAUAACAGGAAAACCCCUCAAGAAAUCAUUGAUACAGACAUCGAAAAAAUAUUCCAUCAGUUGGAGUUAGAUCGAUACUUAAGUCCAGCUCGAAAAAAUGGGUUGGCCGGGAUGGUGAAACGUAUUCGACAAAUCGCUGUGGCCGCAGAGGUCGUAAUUGACGCAGAAAAGAACGUUCAGGAAACACACUUCGCAAAUGCAUAUCGAGGGGUCUAUCAGUUCGGGGCUCAAAUUGAUGAUGAACUGGAAGCAUCACGCGAGGCGGUUCGGCAACUGAUCAACGCCACAGACCGGUCUGAGAUUUGUUUCACCUCAGGGACAACGAUGUCCUUGAAUGUGAUCGCUUCGGGGUGGGGCAAGAAAUUUUUGAAACCAGGUGAUGAGAUCCUCCUGACGCUGAUGGAGCAUCACGCCAACUUGGUUCCCUGGCAACAAGUCGCAAAAGAGACCGGGGCAACUCUGAAAUACUUGCCACUCACAGCGGACGGUCAACUGGACCUGGCAGAGUGCGAAAGCUACUUCACAGACAAGACUAAAGUCCUGGCAGUCACCGGGAUGUCUAAUGUACUGGGAACGAUUAAUCCAAUUGCUGAACUCUCUCAACUGAUUCAUCAGGUGGGAGGAAUUUUGGUUGUUGAUGCAGCGCAAACGGCUCCGCAUCAGGUGGUUGAUGUGCAGGCGGAUCAGAUUGACUUCCUGGCAUUCUCCGGGCACAAGCUCUACGGCCCAACAGGCAUAGGCGUGCUCUACGGGCGAAGAGAGUUACUGGAACAGGCAGACCCAUUGGUCUUUGGGGGGCAUAUGAUAAGCCGGGUUUACCAGGAUCAUUCUUCCUGGGCAGAUCCGCCGAUGAAAUUCGAAGCUGGGACGAUCCCCAUCGUACAGGCGAUUGCCUUAAAGUCUGCUGUUGAUUUUGUGCAAGGCAUCGGUUUUGAAACGAUCCACCAGCAAGAAAGCGAACUGACGCAAUAUACUCACCAGCAAUUGGAAAAGAUUCCCGGGAUGCAGAUCUACGGUGCUGCACCCGACGAGAAGGGAGCGAUCGUCAGUUUCACCAUUGAAGGGGCUCACCCUGAGGACCUGGCCCAGUUGCUGGAUCGCAAGGGAGUGUUCGUACGACAUGGGCAUCAUUGCACGAUGCCGCUGCACGACUAUUUGAAUGUCUCAGCCACCGUACGCGUCAGUUUCGGGAUCUACAACAUGAAAGAGGACGUAGAUCGCCUGAUCGAUGCAAUCGAAUUCGCUCGUGGAAGAUUGCGUCUCACCUGA